CAGUCUUUUAGUGGUGGCUACUACCUGUUACCAAUGGGAGCUAGAGUAUUACACAAACUGGUUAGUGUUAUUGACCAGGAGAUGAGGUCAGUGGGAGCUUGUAAGAUGUCUGCUCCAAUCCUAGCACCUGCUUAUAUUUGGAAACAAUCGGGACGAUGGGAGAGUAUUGGUGCUGAACUGUAUAGACUGGAGGACAGGCACGAGGCACAGUUUUGCCUUGGACCAACGCAUGAAGAGAUGUUUACUCAUUUGGUGGCUACUGAAAAUAUAAGCUAUAGGUCACUACCACUCCGACUGUAUCAGAUUGAUAGGAAGUUUCGUGAUGAGAUGUCUCCUCAGUCUGGUCUCAUGAGAGCUAAGGAGUUCUGGAUGAAAGGUAUCAAUCAUUUUAAAACUAAUACCUCUCUCCUCUCCUGA